UACCGCUUUCCCUUAUUCCAUCUCCAUUAUUUUCUUUUCCUCUAUAAAAGAACACUAGAAUAUAAUUGAUCAUCUAUAGACUAUAUAGUACAUGAAUCAAAACAAUAGAAAAUAUUGAAGAAGAGAAUGGAGAUGGAACCAAGCUCCACGUAGCAAUGUUUCCAUGGUUAGCCUUUGGCCAUUUGGUUCCACACUUGGAGCUCUCUAAGCUCAUGGUUCAAAAAGGUCACACCGUAUCUUUCAUUUCCACUCCUCGGAACAUCGACCGCCUCCUCCCACGGUUGCCGGAGAAUCACUCCUCGGCCAUUAAUUUCGUCAAGCUCCCAUUUUCCGGCCACAACAAACUCCCGCAGGACGCUGAAGCCACUACAGACGUACCUUUCGAUCUCGUUCCUUAUUUGAAAAUCGCUUUUGACGGAUUACGAGUUCCGUUGACGGAGUUUCUUGAAUCUUCAAAACCCGAUUGGCUUCUCCAGGAUUUUGGGCCUUACUGGCUUCCUCCAAUAGCUAGCUGCCUGGGAAUUAAAAACGCAUUUUUCAGCGCUUUUAACUGCGCAUGUCUCGGAGGUCUUAAACCGCCGGGCUUCGAGGAGUACCGUACAUCGCCGGAAGAUUUUCUGACGCAGCCUAAAUGGGUUCCAUUCAAAACUCCUGUACCUUUCCGGUUAUACGAAAUCCAGCCCAUGUUCGAAGGAAUAAUGCUGGAAUCCACCGAAGAUAAUAUCCCCGACGUGGACCGUAUAGGCCGCGUAAUCAGUGGUUGUGAUAUCAUGGUCGUACGGAGCUGUAACGAGUACGAAGCAGAAUGGUUGGGACUUUUACAAAAUCUUCAUCGUAAACCGGUUAUACCUGUUGGAGUUUUACCUCCAAAACUGGAUGAAAAGUUUAAAGAUACCGACGCAUGGUUGUCUACUAAAAAGUUGUUAGACUCACGCAAAUCUAACUCCGUAGUUUAUGUAAGUUUCGGCACAGAAGCUAAUCCGAGUCAAUCCGAGUUUAAUUCGAUCGCCCUCGGUUUAGAGCUUUCCGGUUUACCUUUUUUUUGGGUGUUAAGGACUCGGCGCGGUCCGUGGGAUACCGAACCGCUUGACCUUCCGGAAGGAUUCGAAGAGCGAACGGCUGAGAGAGGCAUAGUUUGGAGAGGUUGGGUUGAACAACUGAGAACGUUGAACCACGAUUCGAUCGGUUUGGUAUUGACUCAUUCCGGUUGGAGUUCAAUGAUCGAAGCUGUACGGUUUGCUAAACCGAUGGUGAUGCUGGGUUUUGUGUACGACCAAGGGUUAAAUGCGAGAGUAGCCGAGGAAAAAAAAAUUGGGCAUAUGAUCCCUCGGGAUGAGACAACAGGUUUCUUUACCAAAGAAGAUGUUGCGAAAUCGCUGAGAUUGGUAAUGGAUGGAGAAGAAGGGAAGGUUUAUAGAGACAGUGUGAAGGACAUGAAGGGAGUGUUUGGAGAUAUGGAUACACAAGAUCGUUAUGUCGAUUCUUUCUUGGAUUAUCUUGUUGCUCAUCGUUAACUCCGGUCAUUGUUUUUGAUCCAAUGACGGAUCGACUGAAUGAACUUAUGAUAAUUAAAUUUGAUCAAGUGUUGUAAGAUGAUUUAUGAGUAAUAUGUUGUUUUGAAAUGGUCAAGGUUUAUGAACAAAAAAAAGUUAAAAAGUGCUGAACGUAAUAAUGUACUAUAUAGUCCAUGUGUUGCAUUUUUAAUAUGAAUGUAUCUUCCAUUU